AGGAGGAGCCCCGCAAAGAUGUGCUUGUUGAAAGCAAGGGAGCCAUGGCAAAGCCAGUGUUUGUGGUGUCAGACUGCACUGGCGAGUCCGCUGAACGUACAGUGCGAUGUGCUUUGGGUCAGUUUGGCCAUUGCUUUGAGAGAAGCUGUCAAGCUGAUAUUACAAUUUUUCGGUUUGCUACAUCAACCAUGAUUCAGGAAAUUGUGCGCCAAGCAAAAGAACGCAAUGCCUUCAUCGUGUUUACGUUGGUAGACCCUGUGGCCAAUUCUUUGCUGGAGAAGCACUGUGAGGAGCAUGAUGUGACGUGCCAUGAUUUGUGGAGCCCCUUGUUGGAGAAGUUGGAAGGAUAUUUCGAUGCCAACCGCCUUGGAGUGCCAGGUCGGCGGCAGUAUGCAGAUGAGAGCUACAUGAAUCUGAUCGAGUGUAUUGAAUACACUCGACUCUUCGACGAUGGCGUGCAUCCCCAGCGCUGGGCAGAGGCCGACAUGAUGAUAGUCGGGCCUUCUCGAAGUGGUAAAACACCACUUUCUUUCUUCAUGGCACAGAGAGGGUACAAGGUGGCAAACUACCCCCUUGUUCCCGAUGAAACUCCACCAGAGGAACUCUGGACUUUUCCGCAGGAUCGUGUAUUCGCCCUGACCAUAGAGCCCAAGAAGCUAGCUGGCAUUCGCAAUGUUCGGAUGAAAUCGCUGAACAUGGGCCUGAAGUCCACCUACGGCAAGCUGAGUACUGUUAGGGAGGAAGUUGAUUGGUGCAAAAAACUUUACAGGGCCCAUCCACGAUGGACAAUCCUCGAUACCACGGAUACAGGGAUUGAGGAGAACUGCGCAGCUAUUCUCAAGCGUUUGGAUGCUGUGGGAGUAGCAGGUCGUGUUAGCAAUGCUGACAGUCCAUCCGCCAUUUGAUUGCGGAACCUUUUUGUGUCCAUAGAAUAUUUUGCUACCUUUAAUGAGUUAGAGUUAGACACAUGCCAUUACUCGCGAGGAACUCUUUAAUAGCAGCUUGCAAGCUAUGGCAAGCCUUAAAGGCUGGCGUGAUGUACCUUCCAUACCAUAGGGUGAUGGAGGAGUGCGAAGAGCUCACAUAGAAAA